AUGAGGAGCUGCACGAGCAGCAGCAGCGGAAGCAGCAUUGGCGGGGUUUGCUUUGCUGCUGCUGCUGCUGCAGGCGCGACAGCAGCAGAGUCGUCGCGGGUGCUGUGGGGCCCCUACAGGGGGCCCCCCAGUGCCCUUUUAAAUGCCCUUUUGGCUGCGCCGGCCACCACAGAGCCUCAGGCGCUGCCGUGGGCCAGUGUUGCUUUUUUGGUUCACGUCUGCAGCGUCGAAGCAGAGGGGGAAGAGACAGUGCUGCACCUCCGCGUCCCUGCAGGGACUGCAGAAGGCCUCGCCACGCCGCUGCUGCUGGUCCCCCACGACCUGCGCACCAUGAAAUGCUUCCUAGACGACUAG